AUGAAUCCCAUGACACAGCUUUACUACAAGAAGGCGACGUACUCGCCGUACCGCGACCGCAUCCCGCUGCAGAUCGUGCGAGCCGAGGUGGAGCUGUCGGCCGAGGAGCGGGCCUACCUCACGGCCGUGGAGAAAGGCGACUACGCGGGCGUCAAACACGCCCUGCGGGAGGCCGAGGUCUACUACAACAUGGACGUGAACUGCCUGGACCCGCUGGGCCGCAGCGCCCUGCUCAUCGCCAUCGAGAACGAGAACCUGGAGAUCAUGGAGCUGCUGCUGGACCACGGCAUCCACACGGGCGACGCGCUGCUCUACGCCAUCAGGAAGGAGGUGGUCGGCGCCGUGGAGCUGCUGCUGUCGCACCGGAGGCCCAGCGGCGAGAAGCAGGUCCCGUCGCUGAUGAUGGACAGCCAGUUCUCCGAGUUCACCCCCGACAUCACCCCCAUCAUGCUCGCCGCUCACACCAACAACUACGAGAUCAUCAAGCUGCUCGUCCAGCGGAAGGUGACCAUCCCCAGACCUCACCAGAUCCGCUGCGACUGUGUCGAGUGCGUGUCCAGCUCAGAGGUGGACAGCCUCCGACACUCGCGCUCCCGACUCAACAUCUACAAGGCCCUGGCGUCGCCGUCGCUCAUCGCCCUGUCCAGCGAGGACCCCAUCCUCACCGCCUUCAGGCUGGGCUGGGAGCUCAAAGAACUCAGCAAGGUGGAGAACGAGUUCCGGCAGGAGUACGAGGAGCUCUCUCAGCAGUGCAAGCGCUUCGCCAAGGACCUCCUGGACCAGGCCAGAAGCUCCCGGGAGCUGGAGACCAUCCUGAACCACCGGGACAACGACCAGAGCGAGGAGCUGGACCCCCGGCAGUGUCACGACCUGGCCAAGCUCAAGCUGGCCAUCAAGUACCACCAGAAGGAGUUCGUGGCCCAGCCGAACUGCCAGCAGCUUCUGGCCACGCUGUGGUACGACGGCUUCCCGGGCUGGAGGAGGCGACACUGGGCCGUCAAGCUGGUCACCUGCUUCAUCAUCGGACUCCUGUUUCCCGUCUUCUCACUGAUCUACCUGUUGGCUCCCAAGGGCGCCCUGGGCCGCUUCAUCAAGAAGCCCUUCAUCAAGUUCAUCUGCCACACGGCGUCCUACCUGACCUUCCUGUUCCUGCUGCUGCUGGCCUCGCAGCACAUCGCCCGCACCAACCUGCACAUGCAGGGCCCGCCGCCCACCAUCGUGGAGUGGAUGAUCCUGCCCUGGGUGCUCGGCUUCAUCUGGGCCGAGAUUAAAGAGAUGUGGGACGGAGGCUUCACCGAGUACAUCCACGACUGGUGGAACCUGAUGGACUUCGCCAUGAACUCGCUGUACCUGGCCACCAUAUCGCUGAAGAUCGUGGCCUACGUCAAGUACAACUCGUCUCGGCCGAGGGAGGAGUGGGAGAUGUGGCACCCGACGCUGAUCGCCGAGGCGCUGUUCGCCAUCGCCAACAUCUUCAGCUCGCUCAGGCUCAUCUCGCUGUUCACGGCCAACUCCCACCUCGGCCCGCUGCAGAUCUCUCUGGGCCGGAUGCUGCUGGACAUCCUCAAGUUCCUCUUCAUCUACUGCCUGGUCCUGUUGGCGUUCGCUAACGGGCUGAACCAGCUCUACUUCUACUACGAGACGAAGGCAUCAGAGGAGCCCAACAACUGCAAAGGCAUCCGCUGUGAGAGGCAGAACAACGCCUUCUCAACGUUGUUCGAGACCCUCCAGUCUCUCUUCUGGUCCAUAUUCGGGCUGCUCAACCUUUACGUCACCAACGUCAAGGCCCGACACGAGUUCACGGAGUUCGUCGGGGCGACCAUGUUCGGGACAUACAACGUCAUCUCGCUGGUGGUUCUGCUCAACAUGCUGAUCGCCAUGAUGAACAACUCCUACCAGCUCAUCGCCGACCACGCCGACAUCGAGUGGAAGUUCGCUCGCACCAAGCUGUGGAUGAGUUACUUCGACGAGGGCGGCACGCUGCCUCCCCCGUUCAACAUCAUCCCCAGCCCCAAGUCCAUCUGGUACCUGCUCAUGUGGCUCCACAACAAGCUGUGCAGGAGAGGCCAGCCGCCCGGAGACGACACGCACAAAUGUGAAAACCUGCGAGAGUUCACGGAGCGCCACGCCGACAGCCUGAUACAGAACCAGCAUUAUCAGGAGGUGAUCCGGAGCCUGGUGAAGCGGUACGUGGCGGCCAUGAUACGCAGCGCCAAGACCGACGAGGGGCUGACGGAGGAGAACUUCAAGGAGCUGAAGCAGGACAUCUCCAGUUUCCGCUACGAGGUCCUGGAUCUCCUCGGCAACCGGCGUCCUCCCCGACGACACUACUCCUCCUCCAGCGAGACGACGAAGGAUGACGGCGCCGCGGCCUCUGAGGACGACAGCGAAUCAGGUGACGGCAGCGGAGGCGGAGUGGGCGUGCCCAGGUCCAAGAGCGUGACAUUCGUGACCCCGACGGAGGAGGACACGGGGCCGGCGCCGACGCUCGGCGUGUCGGCACUGGUGCGCUCCAUCUCUGGGAUGACCCAGAUAGAACGAGGGGGCGACGGCGAGGAGGGCGAACUGGAGGAGGGCAUCGGAUGGGGCGAGGAGGAGGAGGACGAGGAGGGGAAACCAAAGAGCAACGGGCUGAAGACGACCGUCAUCUCUCCAUCCUCCACCGCCGUCCUCCCGUCGCCCUCGUCGUCGUUCUCCUCCUCGCUGUCCUCGUCGCUGGCUCGCACCAGGAGCCGCCUGCAGCGCCUCUCAACUCCGAGGGCCAAGACGGACUCCUUCAAGCGCCUCUCCUACCUGUUCUCCCGCUCCAAACGCAAAGCCCCGCCCAUGCCGCUGUCACUCCAGUCCCCGCCCUCCUACACCAUCUCCGACGGGUUGCUCCGCCCCCUGGGCAGCCACAGCCACUCCGACUUCGGACUCAGCGACGUGACCAGGAGCGAGACUCACCUGAACGAGGUGGGCCGCUCCGUCGACAUCAACAACCCGUCGUUCUCGAGGACGAACGGACGGGACUCGCUGCUGACGCUGCCCCUCCCGCCCCCGUGUCCCUGCCAAUCCCUGCACUGUGCUUCCAACAUGUCCGAGUCCAGCUCGCGCCUCCUGGACUCCAGCGAGGACGUUUUCCAGGGCGGAGGCGUGGGAGGAGCAGGCGAGGGCGGUGUGGACGGAGGCGGGGGAGGCGGUGGCGGGGUGAUGAUGAUGGGCGGGUGGGUGGGACCCUGCGAUGAUGUCAUAGAGGACAGCUGCGAGGUCAUAGAGGACUCGGUCACCACGCAGCUAUAG